AUGCUGCACCCGGCUGCUCGACUCCGGGCCAGACUUGGCAUUUCCUCCCGCAGGUGGUUCCACACAAAAAUCAGUGGAAUAGAAGUGGAGAAGUUGCUCUUUACCAGAGGAGUCCGUAGGAGAUUCCUGGCUCGGCCGAGCAAAACGAAUCCAGGGGACAUCACUUUGUCCAUCAGGAGGAAUGACGAGGCGACCCACAUCAAGAUCCAGAAUAUGGGGAACUACUACGAGCUCUAUGGUGAGAAGUUUGCCACUUUGCCUGAGCUGGUCCAGUAUUACACCCAACAGCAGCGUCUGCUGCGAGAGAAGAACAGCAAUAUCAUAGAGCUGAAAUCCCCCCUCAAUUGCCAUAAUCCUGCCUUGGAAAGGUGGUACAAUGGACACUUGACAGGCAAAGAAGCCAAGGGGCUCCUGACAUCCAAAGGCAAACCAGGGAGUUUCCUGGUCUGGGAGAGCCAAAGCAAAUGGGGGAACUUCACUUUGUCCGUCAGGAGGAAAGAAGAGGUGACCCACAUCAAGAUAUAG